AUGUCAACAAAAAAAUCAAAAAAAUUUGUACCAGAAAAAAAAAAUCAAUCGAAACGUCCAUCAACUCGAUCACGUCUUGUUUUCGAAGAACCAUAUACAUUUCGUGUUAAAAGUGAACAUUCACUUUCACAUUUACGAGAAAGUCGAGAAUGUCUUCCAUGUGUUGCUUGUUUAAAAGAAACUGAUCGACGACAAGAAACAUUAGAUCGACCACAUUCAUCUUAUAUUCGUCAACAAUUAAUUCGACCACGAUCAGCUGAACAACGACCAUCAACUGGAAUAAAAAAGAAACGUUUUCCUUUACCACCAACACCUGCUGAUCUAGAACGAUUAAGUCGACCAAAAACAUUUCCACCAGAACAAAUAUCACAUAAUUGUAAUUGGGAUAAUUUUAUUCAGAAAAAAAGCAAAUAUGGUAUGAAAAAAAAAGAAAUACUUAUAAAAAGUUCAAAAUUAUAUAAUAAAUAUUUAUUUGUAGCUAUUAAAACACCUUAUGCUCAAUGCAAUGUAACAUAUGAUCAAGAGAGUGCAGAAAUUCGUCCACCAUUUGUUAAUUAUGGUGGACGUUAUGAUGACAAACAACAUGGGGAAAAACGAACAUUUAAUUCAUUAGCUAUUCAUCAACUUAAACAUCAUGAAGUUGAAGAACAACGUUUAGCAGAUUUACUUCGUGAACGACGUCUUCGUCUUCAAGCAAAAAUUUAUUUUCGUGAAAUGGAAGAACGAAAAGCUCGUGCACAAGAAUUACGUGAUCGUGCAGCACGUGCUUCAACUGAAUAUCGAGAUAAUUAUCGACCACCACAAGAUUAUAAUGGUGAAGGAACAUUUUCUCGACAUUAA